AUGCCGGCCAAGGGGCGCUACUUCCUCAACGAGGGUGAGGAGGGCCCAGACCAAGACGCACUCUACGAGAAGUACCGACUCACCAGCCAGCAUGGCCCGCUGCUGCUCACGCUGCUGCUGGUGGCUGCGGUUGCCUGUGUGGCCCUCAUUGCCAUCGCCUUCAGCCGUGGGGACCCCUCCAGACACCAGGCCAUUCUGGGCACGGCAUUCCUGGCGCUCACCGUGUUUGUGGCUCUCUAUGUGCUGGUGUGUGUUGAGUGGCUUCUCCAGCAGUGGCUCCGGGCCCUUGCGCUGCUCACCUGGGCCUGCCUCCUGACGUUGGGCUACGGGCUGGUGUUCGACUCGUGGACAAAGGUGGCCUGUGCGUGGGAGCAGGUACCCUUCUUCUUGUUCGUGGUGUUCGUGGCGUACACGCUACUGCCUCUCAGCAUGCAGGGAGCUGUGGCCGUAGGCAUGCUCUCCACCACGUCGCACCUUCUGGUGCUUAGUGCCCUGAUGGGGGCCUUCACCGCACCCAGUGUCCAGGGGGCGCGGCAGCUGCUGGCCAACGCCAUUAUCCUCCUGUGCGGGAACCUCACGGGUGCCUUCCACAAGCAUCAGAUGCAGGAUGCCUCACGAGACCUGUUCACCUACACGGUCAAGUGCAUCCAGAUCCGUCGUAAGCUGCGUAUUGAAAAGCGCCAACAGGAAAACCUGCUGCUUUCGGUGCUACCAGCCCACAUCUCCAUGGGCAUGAAGCUGGCCAUCAUCGAGCGGCUUAAGGAGCGCGGGGACCGCCACUAUGUGCCUGACAACAACUUCCACAGCCUCUACGUCAAGCGGCACCAGAAUGUCAGCAUCCUCUACGCAGACAUUGUGGGCUUCACACGGCUGGCUAGCGACUGCUCCCCUAAGGAACUGGUGGUGGUGCUGAACGAGCUCUUCGGCAAGUUUGACCAGAUCGCCAAGGCCAACGAGUGCAUGCGGAUCAAGAUCCUGGGCGACUGCUACUACUGUGUGUCGGGCUUGCCCGUGUCACUGCCCACCCACGCCCGGAACUGCGUGAAGAUGGGGCUGGACAUGUGCGAGGCCAUUAAGCAGGUGCGGGAGGCCACGGGCGUGGACAUCAGCAUGCGUGUGGGCAUACACUCGGGGAACGUGCUGUGUGGGGUCAUUGGGCUGCGCAAGUGGCAGUACGACGUGUGGUCCCAUGACGUGUCCCUGGCCAACAGGAUGGAGGCGGCUGGAGUUCCUGGCCGGGUGCACAUCACAGAGGCAACGCUGAACCACCUGGACAAGGCGUACGAGGUGGAGGAGGGGCACGGGCAGCAGCGCGACCCCUACCUGAAGGAGAUGAAUAUCCGCACCUACCUGGUCAUCGAUCCCCGGAGUCAGCAGCCACCCCCUCCCAGCCAGCACCUCCCCAAGCCCAAAGGGGAGGCAGCGCUGAAGAUGCGGGCAUCGGUGCGCAUGACGCGCUACCUGGAGUCCUGGGGGGCGGCGCGGCCCUUCGCGCACCUCAACCACCGCGAGAGUGUGAGCAGCGGCGAAAUCCCCAGUGCCGGCGGCGAGCGGAGGCCCAAGACCAUUCCCCCACGGCCUCGCCGGAUCCCUGACAGGAGCAUGUCCCCCAGGGGGCGGUUGGAGGAUGACUCAUACGAUGAGGAAAUGCUGUCAGCCAUCGAGGGGCUCAGCUCCACAAGGCCCUGCUGCUCCAAGUCUGACGACUUUUACACCUUCGGGUCCAUCUUCCUGGAGAAGGGCUUCGAGCGAGAGUACCGCCUGGCGCCCAUCCCCCGGGCCCGCCGUGACUUCGCCUGUGCCGGCCUCAUCUUCGUCUGCAUGCUGCUCGUCCAUGUUCUGCUGAUGCCCAGGACGGUGGCUCUGGGGGUGUCCUUCGGGCUGGUAGCCUGCACGCUGGGGCUGGUGCUGGGCCUGUGCUUCGCCACGGAGUUCCUGAGGUGCUGCCCGGCGUGGGGGCUGCUGCGUGGCGUGUCUGAGAGCGUGGAGACGCAGCCCCUGCUGCGGCUGUCCCUGGCCAUCCUGACCAUCGGCAGCCUGCUCACCGUGGCCGUGGUGGUGGGUGCAGAGUUGGGGGUCAGAAAAGCUGCCUCCGCUUCUCCCUCUCCCGCCGGGUGGGCCGGGAGCUUCUCCUCAGUGGGCAUCCAGCCCCUCCCCCUGGGAUGUUCAUGCAAGGAGGACGGGGCGUCCGGAGAGUGUCAUGGCCGGCCCCAAAGGACGCUAGCCCUUCUGUCCGAGGCAGUCCUGCCUUCCCCAGACUCAGUUUCCUCGCCAGGGGAUGAGUCAGCUCUGGGCACGCCGCUGCAGAAAGUGCCUUGGGGUGCCUGUCUGUGCCCCCCAGCUCCCAUCCUUAGCCAGGACCCCACCCCCAAGCUUUGGUUUUUGGAGAGUGCCCUGAGACCACUUCCUCGAGUCACCUGGGACAAGAGAGCUCACUGGAAUGCCGCCCUGGCCCCGCCUGAAGCUGUGUCUGAGCUCUGGCCGCUGAUGCCUUUCCCAGCCAACGGGACGAGCCCACCCGCCACCAGCAGCAGGGAGAGGAACGCUUGCGAGCUGCUGCCGUACUACACCUGCAGCUGUGUCCUGGGCUUCGUGGCCUGCUCCGUCUUCCUGCGGAUGAGCCUGGAGCCGAAAGUGGUGCUGUUGACGGUGGCCCUGGUGGCCUACCUGGUGCUCUUCAGCCUCUACCCAUGCUGGCAGUGGGACUGCUGUGGCCGCAGCCCAGGCAACCUUACCACAGCCAACGGCACCCUCAGCGGCGCCCCCAGCUGUCCCUGGAGGGCUCUGAAGACCAUGGUCCACUUCUACCUGGUGCUCUUCUACGCCACCCUGCUCCUACUCGCCAGACAGAUUGACUACUACUGCCGCUUGGAUUGUCUGUGGAAGAAGAAGUUCAAGAAGGAGCACGAGGAGUUCGAAACCAUGGAGAACGUGAACCGCCUUCUUCUGGAGAACGUGCUGCCGGCGCACGUGGCUGCCCACUUCAUCGGAGAUAAGCUGAACGAGGACUGGUACCAUCAGUCCUACGACUGCGUCUGUGUCAUGUUUGCCUCUGUGCCGGACUUCAAGGUGUUCUACACGGAGUGUGACGUCAACAAAGAAGGACUGGAGUGUCUGCGCCUGCUCAAUGAGAUCAUUGCGGACUUCGACGAGCUGCUGCUGAAGCCCAAGUUCAGUGGUGUGGAGAAGAUCAAGACCAUCGGCAGCACAUACAUGGCGGCUGCAGGGCUCAGCGUCGCCUCAGGGCAUGAGAGCCAGGAUCCAGGGCGGCAGCACGCCCACAUCGGUGUCAUGGUGGAGUUCAGCAUCGCCCUGAUGAGCAAGCUAGACGGCAUCAAUCGGCACUCCUUCAACUCCUUCCGCCUCCGAGUUGGCAUAAACCACGGGCCUGUGAUUGCUGGCGUGAUCGGCGCCCGAAAGCCUCAGUAUGACAUCUGGGGAAACACGGUCAACGUUGCCAGCCGAAUGGAGAGCACUGGGGAACUGGGGAAAAUCCAGGUUACUGAGGAGACGUGUACCAUCCUCCAGGGCCUGGGUUACUCUUGUGAAUGCCGGGGCCUGAUCAAUGUCAAAGGCAAAGGCGAGCUGCGGACUUACUUCGUUUGCACAGACACUGCCAAGUGUCAAGGGCUGGGGCUGAACUGAGGGCUUCUGCUGGAUCUGAACACGCUGGAAGCCCAUUUUCCUUCCCAGGAGCAGCGAAGGAGAAAACUUGGCCCCACGCC